AUGGACCCUACCGUCGCUCCGCCGCAACGGCUUUCCUCCGCCACCCACAACCACCUCCAUUCCAAUGACUUCUCCCCUCGAUCCCGCAACACCGAUUCAUGGGGCGAAGACAAUUCCAUAUAUCCAUCUAAUCAUGGUUCUUCGGCGGCGGCGGCGGCAGUUGGUUCAGUUAAGCUCCGGUUGAUGUGCAGCAGCGGCGGACAUAUAGUCCCUCGUCCCCACGACAAAACUCUCUGCUACGUUGGUGGAGAGACGCGUAUGGUGGUGGUAGACCGUCAUACUACUCUACUAGACCUCACUAACCGCCUCUCCAAAACCCUACUCCGAUCAUCGUCUGCAUCAACGCCGACUCCCAUAGCGUCCACAUCGUUUACUCUCAAAUACCAGCUUCCUUCUGAAGACCUUGAUUCGUUGAUCUCUGUCACCACCGAUGAAGACCUCGAAAACAUGAUUGAGGAAUACGAAAGAUUGAAUUCAUCCUCCGCCGGGAGUAAAUCCUCACGUCUUCGUUUAUUCCUUUUUCCGACGAAACUUGAAUCCGUUUCCUCAAUCACGUCGUUUCUGGAGAACACAACUAAAUCGGAAGAUUGGUUUUCUUAG